CGCCACGUAUAUUUUCCCACGCGUCGAAUUUGACUACGCGUGAUACAUCGCUCGUAUAUCGCCGCUCUUGAUAUAUUACCAUAGUAUUUCGUCGCACGCCGCAAAUCGUAUACAGUCAUUAAUCGCAUUUCUAUGCAUUAUGCAUAAUACUAAAGGAAUCCUAUUUAUUAUUAUGUAAUCUGUAAUAUGUAAUUCUGAAUAAUUUAGAGCCACGAAAGGCAUAAUAAACUGUUAGAUAACUUUCGAUGCUAACGCAUUAGUCAGUCGUUUCUACAUAUACUUUCUUAUGUUUUGUCCGUUCCAUUCAUGUUAUACGGUCAUUAAAAACUUAGGAAUUUAAAUAAGAUUGCGCAGCAGCCAAAAUUUGUGGACUUGUUCAUUGUACAUUUAUCGAUGGAAUUGGCUGGCAAUUUCGUUGAAGCAAGACUCAAGGUGCCUUCUAAUGUAUUUACGUAAAAGGUGGUCGUUCAUACAACCGUUGUUAGUCCACUUUCACGUUUCUUUUAACGAUUCGAGACAAAACUUUGACCUACUUCUUAUUUUUAUAGUUUGAGACACUGUCGAAAAGUUGGAUCUUGUUGGCACUGUGCUGGCGUUCUUUAUUUAGAAGCAAUUGUUCAUUGAUUAUAGUUAUGUUCAGCUAUUUUGAAUCAUAAUCUAUUGUUUCUAUUAUAAUCGUAAUCGAUUAUUUUGUACAUGUACACGUUCACCCUUAAUUGUUUGACUUUCGAAUGUGAGGCAAAUCGCAUCGUAAUUAAAAGUUGAUUUCGCAACAUUUUAUCGAUGUCGGUGUACAAGAAUUUAAUAAAAGACACUAGGUAUACUCUACUGUCACUAUCUGGUAAAGUAGAAAUUCUUAGUAUUACAGUUAUCGUUUUUCACACACCUCCUAUCACAUAUUUGAUAAAAAUAAUCGACAAUAUUUCCGGUGUGUCUAGAGGUGCGUAGAGCAUAGAGUAAGCGUGAGCGGUUACUGUUUUUGAAAAGUUUCGCCACUCUUGAAUUUUACAAUUUUGCGAAAUAAAGUGUGUGGGCCGUGAAAAAUUAUCAGUUUCAAAAAUGGGUCUUUACCCAUAAAUUUAUUCGAACUAAGUAAAAUUCUUCUACAAUUAUUUCAACCAAUACAAUAUCAUUGAUCAACCAAUGCAAAAUUUCAAAAUAAUAAAAUUUGAAAGAUAUGUUUUCCAGCAAAUCGUCAUAUUCUAUAAUUGUCCUCGCCAAGAUAUCUACAAGUCUCGUAUCACUCACUGAUGACAUAAUCAAUAAUUCAAGUAACCAUAGCGUAAAGCGGUCAAGAAUGAUCACUGACUAACACCGUACAGUCACCACACGUAUCACAUACUUUUAUCACAGCGAAACUAACUUCUUCUUUCCAUAUCUGAUUACAGUCAAAGUAGAAGCAGUGGUCGCAGGAGGCACGAAAUGAGUCCAGCAGAAAUCAAAUCCAUUUGUAGUCCGCUUGGAAAAACCUGGAACGGCGUGAACAUUUGCCAGCUUUCGUUGCACUUUUCUCAAACUUUGUUUCCUCAUCUUUGAGGAAGCUGUCUUUAAUAUUCCACACGAUUGUACAGUGCGAACCAGGUGUAAAAUAGAUAUCAAAUACGUAGCCUUGAGAUACACCGAAGGUGGCAAAGAAUCGUAUCAAGACCAAAGAACAAACCGAAGAACAAAGCUGAAAGUGCUUUUUCUAUCCAUCAUCUUGAGAUAGGUCCGAAGAAAUUUGUCGUUGCGAGAAGUAUUAGUGUCAAAGGAUUAUUUUGCUGUUAUAAAAAAGAUAUAACACAUUAAAAUGAGCACGAUGACUGGCACUCAGUGUACGUCUGUGAAGGAGUUCUAUAGGGACAGAUCUAUCUUCAUUACCGGUGGUACCGGCUUUAUGGGCAAAGUACUCGUCGAGAAGUUACUCAGAUCUUGUCCAGGAAUCAAGAAUAUUUAUUUGUUGAUGAGACCCAAGAGGGGACAGGAUGUCCAACAGAGGUUGAGACAACUACUGGAUGGACCGCUGUUCGAAAAAUUGCGAAGAGACUAUCCACAAGAACUGUCGAAAGUGAUUCCUGUGGCUGGAGACAUAACGGAACAUGAAUUGGGAAUCUCGGAAGCUGACCAGGCUGUAUUAAUUAAAAAUGUGUCAGUAGUUUUUCAUUCCGCUGCUACUGUAAAAUUCGACGAGGCCCUGAAACUUUCUGUGACCAUCAACAUGGUUGGCACCAAACAACUUCUGAAUUUGUGUCAUCGCAUGUGUAAUUUAGAGGCCCUCAUCCACGUGUCGACAGCAUAUUGUAAUUGCGACCGCAAGGAUGUUGCCGAAGAAAUUUAUCCGCUUGAAGCCGAACCUGAGCAUGUGAUCGCAUUAACGAAGAUCAUGGAUACGAAAAUGGUCGAUGAAAUAACACCAGCUUUGAUCGGUAAUCGACCGAAUACCUAUACGUUCACCAAAGCCCUCACCGAAAGGAUAUUGCAAUUGGAAUCUGGUUAUUUACCAGUAGCAAUCGUUAGACCUUCUAUCGUUUUAUCGUCGCUUAGAGAACCAGUAGCUGGCUGGGUAGACAAUUGUAAUGGACCUACGGGACUUAUUGCUGCUGUUGGCAAGGGUGUCUUCAGAACUAUGUUGUGUCAUGAAAACAUGAUCGCAGACUUGGUGCCCGUUGACAUAGUAAUAAAUCUGAUGAUUUGCGCGGCAUGGAGAACCGCCACGAAUCGCACGAAAACUAUUCCCGUGUAUAAUUGUUGUACAGGUCAACAGAACCCAAUAACCUGGAAACAGUUUGUUGAUCUGAUGUUCAAGUACACGCGAAAGCAUCCACCGAACGGCGCGAUUUGGUAUCCAGGUGGUCGAUGCCGUAAUUCUGUUAUAAUGAACCAAAUGUGCGCCCUCUUCCAGCACGUGGUACCGGCGUAUAUUUUAGACUUCUUUUGUCGGUUGAAGGGCAAACCGACCAUUAUGGUCGGCCUACAAGUAAAACUCCGUAAAGCUGCCAAAUGCUUGGAGUAUUUCAGCACACAACAGUGGAACUUCAGGGAUGACAAUGUUCGAAACUUAGAAGAACAACUUAGUCUAGAAGACCGACAGACGUUUAUGUUUGAUGUCAGACAAAUUGAUUGGCCAACGUAUUUAGAACAUUACAUAUUGGGAAUUCGGCACUUUCUAUUGAAAGAGAGUCCGGACACACUGCCAGCUGCUCGUACACAUAUUAAAAGAUUGUAUUGGUUUCACAAGGCUUUAGAAUUCGCGAUGCUGUUAGUAGUGCUGCGGUAUUUAUUGUUACGCAGCUCCGUGACCCGAACUGCAUGUUACUCGUUGUUGUCCGUCGUGUUACGUAUGUGCCGUAUGAUUGUUUGACGGCUCAGAAUCUUGGCUGAGGAUCGCGACAGGCGUCACAAAAAGCAAAAACUAAUCUCGAAGCAUAAUCUCAAAGUGCGGAUCGUACUUCGACUUCACUGCUCGCCGUUCCCAACGAUAAAUUGCUACGACGUUCAAACAUCCCAUCGGUUGGCCUUUUCGAUGUUUCUAUUUGUUCAUAACUAUUAGCCUCCGCUAGAGAUAUAAUUCCGCAGGGAAAUGUAUCGAUUGUCGUUUAACACACGCAAAUACAAUGAUAACACGUACACACACACAUGUAUACACAGAACAUGUACUCAAAGCUUCCAAAAAACUUGUACGUCGAGUCACUUUGUUAUAUUUACGAAAGUUAACCAAACGAGAAUCCUUUCUUUGGAUAAUAUGUCGUCGUCUUCUUGUUCAACGUACAAUGGCGGGCAAAAUAGGCUUUCCUAAAGAACAUGGUGAUGGAAGAAAUUGGGAAAAUUUACAAAUAUGGGGAUGUAGAAAUUUAGAAUAUUUGGUAAAUCGGGAAUUUGAAAAUUUAG